AUGCUCCGUGGUUUGCUUUCGCGUUUUCCAUCGAGAAACUAUUCCACGCUACGAGCUACACCACAAUCACCCAGGGAAAACCGUAACUGGCCCACCAAACCACUGCAGCAUCCAACAAAAGUUCCCCAGCAACCGCACGGACUCGUGGCGACAACGGAAGCUGUAACAUUGCCCAUAACUAUCAAUCAACAAACGGUGCAGCUGCUGGAAAGGUUAUCGCUGGUAAAUCUGGAUAGCAAGGAAGCACUGGAAACGUUGCAGGAUUCGAUCGAGUUCGCGUCACGCAUACUGCCCAUCGAUACGGACGGUGUGGAACCGUUGUACAGUGUGCUGGAGCGGGAGAAGCUUGCACUGCGCAACGACACCGUCGAUGACGGGGACCGGCAGACCGAGGUACUGCAAAACGCCGCCUUGGUGGAGGAGGAAUACUUUGUAGCACCGCCCGGUAACAUUCCGCUCGAGCACGCGGGACAAUCGUAA